GUGCAUAUCUGUUUCAGAAAGCUCAUGUAUCUCACUCUGUGACAUGCGUUUCCAUGUCUGUGUUUUAUUUGGUGCUCGUGUUCUUAAAUUCUUAAAAGGGAAAAAGAACAGGCAACUCUCGAAGGAGUGACGGUCUCAAUUCUAAGAAUUUAAAUGGUUAAUUUAGUCAAGUUUUUCUUUUUCAUUUUUGGAAGAAUUCAAGCCUUUCAAUUUGACUAAAUAAUUUAUUUAGGAUCCAUGGGGUCAUGCUAUGUUUCCCUUUGUUUUUCUUGAUCCUUUUUGCCUCCAUGACAGCUCAAAUUAAAGUGAUCCAAAGAUCCUUUUCAAAAGCUCUUAGAAAAUUUUGCUGCUUUCCUUUUAACACCCCCUCCUCUCUCUUUCCAUAUAUAACAAACAUUCUAUAACAGAGAAAGAAGAAGAAGAUAGCACCACAUAAUUCUCUUGAAAAAUGAAUGCCACAGCAGCAGCAGCAUCAACAACAACAACAACAACAACAACAACAACAACAAAGUUUAUCAAAUGUGUGACAGUUGGAGAUGGAGCCGUUGGAAAAACAUGUCUUCUCAUCUCUUACACUAGCAACACCUUCCCUACUGAUUAUGUUCCUACUGUUUUUGAUAACUUCAGUGCCAAUGUUUUGGUUGAUGGGCAGACUGUGAAUCUAGGUCUUUGGGACACUGCUGGUCAAGAAGACUACAACAGGCUGAGGCCUCUAAGUUACAGAGGAGCUGAUGUUUUCAUUCUUGCCUUUUCCCUCAUAAGUAGGCCAAGCUAUGAGAACGUAUCAAAAAAAUGGGUCCCUGAGCUCAGACAUUAUGCCCCAUCAGUGCCCAUUGUUCUUGUGGGGACUAAAUUAGAUCUGAGAGAAGAUCGUCAGUUUCUCUUGGAUUAUCCUGGGGCAUGCACUAUUUCUACAGAGCAGGGUCUAGAACUACAGAAGCAAAUAGGAGCGCUGGCAUACGUAGAAUGCAGCUCAAAGACGCAGCAGAAUGUGAAAGCUGUCUUUGAUGCUGCCAUCAAGGUAGUACUCCAGCCUCCAAAGCGUAAGAAACACAAGAGAAAACAUAGGGUCUGCCAUAUUCUUUAACCAAUUUCCUACACAAGGCUGCCACAAGCAUCUCUACGUCGUAUCCAUUUCUUCCAUGUUACAUUUCUUAUUUCUGUUCAUAAUUUUUUUUCCCUUUCUUCUUUCUUUGGAUGGUGUCCAUGUUGCCUAUUUUCGUCGUCAUUUUUUUCAUUUCCUCUGUUUGUAGACAGACUGAUCCUGGUCUUGCAUCCAAUUUAUCUUCAACCAUCAUGUGCUCGUUCUGUAUUAUCUAUUGGAAAGUGGUCAGAUUUCAUCCUA